AUGAGGCUGUUAUGCUGGAACAGCCAAGGGCUUGGGAACCCUUGGACAGGUCAUAGACUUCGCAAGAUUGUGAGGGAACAAGCUCCCACAGUCUGUUUUCUGAUGGAGACUAGACUGGAUAGAGAUGGUUUUGAAAGUUUAUAUGGUAAUUUGUCGUAUCAGAAUAAAGUUAUUGUCAAGCAUCCUGAUUCAGGCGGAGGAUUGGCAUUUUUGUGGAAAAAUUCUAUCACAUUAGAGGUCAUUAACUACUCUCAUGGUGAUAAAAAUACUAAGUUCUUUCACUCCAAGGCUUCACAAAGGAGGAGAAAGAAUCAUAUCCGGGGUAUCAAAAAUAGCCAAGGGCAAGGGGUAGAAGAAUUAAAGGAGGUGGUGGCAGCAGCCUCUGAUUAUUUUGAAAACCUAUUUCAGGCAAGAGCAUGUGACCGGAUGGAGGAGGGCUUGGAUGCUGUUCCACAGAUGGUGAUUGAAGAAAUGCAGGAGACUUUGUUUGGGGAGUUUACUGCAAGAGAAGUGAGGGUGGCCUUAUUUCAGAUGGGACCUACAAAAGCUCCUAGACCUGAUGGUAUGAAUGCCCUUUUCUUUCAAAAAUUCUGGCACAUAAUGGGUGAUGAUGUUGUUAUGGCUGUUUUGGAUUUUUUAAAUAAUGGUCAAAUGUUACCUGAGAUAAAUCACACAAACAUAGUUCUUAUUCCGAAAGUGAAAAAUCCUGAAAAAAAUAUUAUGUCAAAAGUUUUGGCAAACAGAUUGAAACAGGUGCUUCCAUUUAUAGUCUCGCCCACCCAGAGUGCCUUUGUACUGGGGAUAUUGAUUACAGAUAAUGUCUUGGUGGCAUAUGAAACACUACAUACAAUGCAUGCUAGGAAGAAGGGGAAGAAAGGGUCUUUGGCAUUAAAAUUGGAUGCUAGCAAAGCCUAUGAUCGUGUGGAGUGGCAGUUUCUUAAAGGGAUUAUGGAAAAGAUGGGUUUCCCGGCAUUGUGGAUAGAGAGGGUGAUGAGUUGUGUCACUACUCCAACUUUUUCUAUUCUGGUGAAGGAAGGCUUUACGGCUCUGUUGGCAAAAGCAGAAUUUGAAGGGAGGAUUAAAGGGGUUUCCAUAUGUAGAAGGGCACCCAGAAUUACCAACUUACUAUUUGCUGAUGAUUCUCUAUUGUUUUGUCAAGCUAUACAGAAUGAAGGAUUGAAUCUGGAAGAAGCUGCAAGGUUGGAAAGGUUUGGUGUUAUCAAGAGCCGAUUCUGGUGGGGUCAAGUAGGUGAUGAAAGGAAAAUCCACUGGAAGAGGUGGGAUAAGCUGUCAAUUCCAAAGAAGGAGGGUGGUAUGGGUUUUCGGGACUUGAGAGAUUUUAAUUUAGCCAUAUUGGGUUCUUGUUGGAAGGUUGGUAAUGGGUCUUCCAUAAGUGUUGUAGGGGAUAGGUGGCUUCCUAACCAUCCCACAAAUAAAAUUAUGUACCCAAGACAUGAGCUGGUUGAAGAUUUAGCAAUAUCAGAUUUGAUUGAUCCGGAGUUACAUAUAUGGAGAAGAGACAUGAUUUUGGGAAUGUUUCAUAGAGAAGAUGCUAAAGCUAUUUGUAGAAUCCCCUUCAGUCAAAGAUCUAUUCCAGAUUCAAUUUAUUGUCUGCACAACAGGAGCGGUAAUUUUUCUGUUAAGUCUGCAUAUAGGCUUGCUAGACAGCUUCAACUUCAUGGAGAUAGGGCCGAGACUUCAAGUGGCUGUGCUGGGAAAAUAAUUUGGCUGAGAAUAAAAAAUGAAGAUAAUUGUCAACUGUGUACCAGAGAGGUGGAGACAACAACUCAUGCUUUGUGGGAAUGUGUUGCGGUGCAAGACGUAUGGGCUGGUAGCAUUUCGAAAUUGCAGAAAGGACCCUCUGUUUUUCGAGAUACACUUCAACUAAUGGAGUUUCUAGUGGACAGGUUAACGGUUGAAGAGCUGGAGCUGUUCUGGGUGCAGGUGUGGCUUAUUUGGAACCAGCAAAACUGUGUUGUGCAUGGAGGUAAAUUAAAGGAUCCUAAAUGCCUUAAUAAGCGAGCAGAGGACUUUAUUCUGGAAUUUCGGGAAGCCCAGGUGCAGUUGACAGUGGCUCGGACUAAGCAAAUUAUUUCUGAUCAGUGGCAACCUCCACUGCCGAAUGUCUACAAGCUAAACUUUGAUGCUGCUGUGUUUUCGGGGCUGAACAGAACAGGUAUAGGUACUAUUAUUCGAAAUGACAAGGGGGAGGUUAUGGCUGCAACGUCUGCUGUCGGACCAAGUGCAGAAAACAGUGAAGAACCUAAGUUGAUGGCCUGUAGAAGAUCCUUGGAGUUUGCCGUUGAUGCUGGGUUUUCAAGUUUGAUAACUGAGGGUGAUAAUGCUAAUGUCAUUCAAGCCAUUUCUACAUCUCUCCCUAACAAUUCUUUUCUUGGCUGCAUGGUGGAUGAUAUUCGCCAUUUGAUACAUGGGUUAUAUUGGGCUAGGACUAAUCAGAUUAGGAGGGGAGGGAAUACAGUGACACAUGUUCUUGCCCAAUUUGCUAGAAAUUUAGAUGAGGAUUUAGUUUGGAUUGAGGAUUCUCCUCCACCCGCUUUCGCGGCUUUGUUUCAUGGUGUUUCAUUAUUAUAA